GUGCGCACCGUGGAUCCACCUACACCAUGGAAACGCGUCGUCUCUUUGCCCCGUUACAACUUCCGCCAUGAAGAACAACAAGAGUCGAACGCGACGCCGGCAGCGGGAGAGCUGCCUCGGACGACUUUAAGUGGACCCGACUCGGGAUUUGUCAUGUUUGGAAGCAUGGUGUCGCGCAGCGCGUGGAUGAUUUGGGUUUGCGUCCUGGUCAACGCGCCGCCCGUGGCCUGCUUGGAUCUUCACCUCACCGAGUCUUUGCAACCCGGCACCCUCCUGGCGAACCUGUCUGUUGGACCCGGGUGGACGUACGACGUGGACGCGCUUUUAUCACCCGAAUCCACGCGUCGUCUCUUCCAAGUGGGGACGCGCAGCGGAGUUGUCCGACUGUCCCGGAGCGCGGAGUGUGCGCGCAGCGUUUGGAACCCCGCGCCCGUGCUUUUCAGAAGCACCUCACUGACUUCUGCAGAUGUUAUCCUGACACAUUUGAACGUGUUCGUCCACGGUCAGGACUGUUUCAUUAAAUACAGGAGAAAGAGGUCUCGAAGCACGCCUGACAUUCACAUUAAGCACAGUUUAAAGCUGGGGGAAACUUCCUGCCUCCGUGCAGGUGAUUUGCUGUUUAAUGCUGCAGAACUUUUGCCGUCUUCAACAAAUAGUGCCGCCUUAUUGGACACAAUGUGCGUCGGACAACAUUUAGCGGCACUGUUUCGACACGGUGCUUUGUUUCUCGCCACCGACUUGUGUCCCGAGAGCAUGCGAGCGCGGAACGAAGUGGAUUUGGAAUGUCCCCUGCACAGCUCCGAAGGCGACCGGCUCAGCGUGCAGCUCACAUUGCGCCUCGGAGAAGUGCCGAAACGUGGAUCUGCGCCAGAAACCGUUCGGGGAAACGCCGGCGAGUCGACCCGGAGAGGUAAGCGGCAGGUGAACGCGCCCCCGCAGUUCCAGCUCAUGAACUACCAAGUGUCUGUGCCUGAAAAUGAGCCAGCCGAGACACGGGUCAUCACCCUCAAAGCCACCGACCCAGAUGAUGGCGAGGCGGGGAGGCUGGAGUACAGCAUGGAAGCCUUGUUUGACAGCAGGUCAAAUGACUUUUUCACAAUCGACUCUCAGACGGGCAGCAUUUCGACCAUUCAGCCGCUGGACAGAGAAGUCAAAGACACUCAUGUCUUUAAAGUGUCCGUUAGUGAUAAUGGCACACCGAGAAGAUCCGCCACUUCUUUCCUGACCGUCACUGUGAGUGACACCAACGAUCACAGCCCGGUGUUUGAACAGACGGCUUACAGAGUUAAUAUACGAGAGAACGUAGAAGUGGGGUUCGAAGUGAUCACCAUCCUUGCCACCGAUGACGAUGCCCUUGAAAAUGCUGAUAUGAUCUAUAAAAUAGUCAACGGCGACGGCGUCAACUCCGUCUUCGAGAUCGACCCUCUAAAUGGCCUGGUGAGGAUCCGAGAGCGGCCCGACAGGGAAACCAGGGCGCGGUACCAGCUGACGGUCGAAGCCAACGACCAGGGCAAACAACCGUGUCCCCGCCGUGCCACCGCCACAGUCCACAUCUCAAUCGAGGAUGAGAACGACAACUACCCUCAAUUCAACAAAAAGAGGUACGUCGUGCAGGUUCAAGAGAACGUGGCCAUCAACACCAAAGUCGCCCAAGUGGAGGCGACGGACAAAGACGAGGGGAACAACGCUAAAGUUCACUACAGUAUCAUCAGCGGCAAUGUUAAAGGUCAAUUCUACAUUCAUUCCCCUACUGGUGUGAUCGAUGUCAUCAACCCUCUGGACUAUGAGAUGAUUCGAGAGUAUAAUCUGAGGAUUAAGGCGCAGGACGGCGGCAGGCCUCCACUGAUCAACGGCACUGGGAUGGUGGUGGUGCAAGUGGUGGACGUGAAUGACAACGCCCCCAUGUUUGUCAGUACACCUUUCCAGGCGACCGUUUUGGAGAAUGUCGCUGUCGGCUACUCCGUCAUUCACAUUCAAGCCAUUGACGGUGAUUCGGGGGAGAACGCCCGGCUGGAAUACCGGCUGACAGACACCGUUCCCAGCUUUCCGUUCACCAUCAACAACAGCACCGGGUGGAUUACGGUAAGUGAAGAGCUGGACCGGGAGACCACAGAGUUCUACAGCUUCGGGGUGGAGGCCAGGGAUCACGGCGUUCCUGCGAUGUCGUCCUCAGCCAGUGUUAGCAUUAUGGUGCUUGACGUUAAUGACAACGUGCCCACGUUUACCGAGAAGGUCUACUCGCUGAAGAUCAACGAGGACGCCGUCGUGGGGACAAGCGUGCUCACGAUGACCGCUCUUGACCGAGAUGUCAACAGUGUGGUGACCUAUCAGAUCUCUAGCGGCAACACCAGGAACCGCUUCGCAAUCACUAGCCAGAGUGGCGGUGGUCUCAUCACUCUCGCUCUCCCCCUGGAUUACAAACAGGAACGCCAGUAUGUGUUGACAGUCACCGCCAGCGAUGGAACCCGAUCAGACACCGCCCAGGUGUUUAUAAAUGUGACGGACGCCAACACGCAUCGGCCCGUUUUCCAAAGCGCCAACUACCAGAUUAUGCUCAGUGAGGAGCAACCAGUGGGAUCCAACGUGGUGAUGAUUAGUGCGACAGAUGAGGACACAGGAGAAAAUUCUCGCAUCACGUACAUCAUGGAGGACGUCGUCCCUCAGUUUAAAAUUGACCCGAAUACCGGCGCCAUCACAACCCAAAUGGAUAUUGACUACGAGGACCAGGCUUCCUUCACGUUGGCCAUCAUCGCUAAAGACAAUGGCAUCCCGCAGAAAUCCGACACCACCUAUGUGGAGAUUAUCAUCCUGGAUGCAAACGAUAAUGCUCCUCAAUUCCUGCGAGACAUGUACCAGGGGAGCGUGUUUGAAGAUGCUCCUGUCUACACCAGUGUGCUCCAGAUUUCUGCUUCAGAUCGAGAUUCCGGCUCAAAUGGCAGACUUAGCUAUACAUUCCAGGGUGGCGAUGAUGGAGACGGUGAUUUCUUCAUUGAACCGUAUUCGGGUAUCGUCAGAACCGCUCGCAAACUGGACCGAGAGAACGUUCCUGUCUAUGACCUCAAGGCCUUUGCUGUGGACAGGGGGUUUCCGCCUCUAAAAGCAGCUGUUCCCAUACAUGUUGUAGUUCAGGACAUAAAUGACAAUGCACCAGUGUUCGAAAAGGAUGAGCUUUUCAUCGAUGUGGAGGAAAACCGUCCCGUCGGGUCUGUUGUGGCCCAGAUCACUGCCACGGACCCAGAUGAGGGCACAAAUGCUCAGAUAAUGUACCAAAUAGUUGAAGGGAACUUUCCAGAGAUUUUCGAGCUGGACAUUUUCAACGGUGACCUCCUUUCCCUCAUCGACCUCGAUUAUGAGACAAACAUCGAGUACGUCAUCGUGGUGCAGGCCACCUCAGCGCCGCUUGUGAGCCGGGCCACCGUACACAUCCGCCUGAUGGACAUGAAUGACAACUUGCCGGAGCUGAAGGACUUUGACAUCAUUUUCAACAACUACGUCACCAACAAGUCCAACAGUUUUCCAUCUGGAAUAAUCGGGAGGGUACCAGCUCAUGACCCGGAUGUAUCGGAUAAGUUACGAUACACGUUUGAAUCUGGAAACGAGCUCAAUCUCCUCCUCCUAAACGAGGACACGGGGGAUCUGCGGCUCAACAAGGCCUUGGACAAUGACAGACCGCUGGAGGCGCCCAUGAUCAUCUCUGUCACAGAUGGUGUCCACACCACCUCAGCCCUUUGUACACUCCGAGUCACCAUCAUCACCGACGACAUGCUGACCAACAGCAUCACGGUGCGCCUGGAGAACAUGUCCCAGGAGCGCUUCCUAUCGCCACUGCUCGGCCUCUUCGUGGACGGCGUGGCGGCCGUGCUCUCCACCAGGCGCGACGCCGUCUUCGUGUUCAACAUCCAAAACGACACAGACGUGCAGGGCUCCAUCCUCAACGUCACCUUCUCGGCCAUGCAGCCCCAGGGAGGGCCCGGCAAGGGGACGUUCUUUCCUUCCGAGGAGCUGCAGGAGCAGAUCUACCUGAACAGGACUCUGCUCAGGCUCAUAUCUUUACAGGAGGUUUUGCCGUUCGACGACAACAUCUGCCUCCGGGAGCCCUGCGAGAACUACAUGAAGUGCGUGUCCGUGCUGAAGUUUGACAGCUCGCCCCCCUUCAUCACGUCCAACACGGUCCUGUUCCGGCCCAUACACCCCAUCAACGGGCUGCGUUGCCGCUGCCCCGUCGGCUUCACGGGCGACUACUGCCAGACGGAGAUCGACUUGUGCUACUCGGGGCCGUGCGAGAACAACGGCCGGUGUCUCAGCCGAGAGGGCGGCUACACCUGCGAGUGCCUGGAAGACUUCACUGGGGAACACUGUGAGGUGAACACCGCAUCGGAUCGCUGCGUACCGGGCGUGUGCAAGAACGGCGGCGAGUGUGUGAACGGGCUCGCCGGCGGUUUCACGUGCCGUUGUCUGCCUGGCGAGUACGAGAAGCCUUACUGCGAGAUGACCACCCGCAGCUUCCCCGGACAGUCCUUUGUCACCUUUAGGGGUCUGCGGCAAAGGUUCCACUUUACCGUCUCUCUCAUGUUUGUGACCCGAGAGAGAAAUGCCCUGCUUCUCUACAACGGCCGAUUCAAUGAGAAACAUGACUUCAUCGCUUUGGAAAUCAUCGACGAGCAGAUUCAACUCACUUUCUCCGGAGGUGAGACCAAGACCACCGUGUCCCCCUUCAUCCCGGGCGGUGUCAGUGAUGGCCAAUGGCAUUCUGUGCAGCUCCAUUACUACAACAAGGAAGGGGGGAGUCUGGUGGACUCCAGCGGGCUUCUGCGGCUCCCGCUCUAUACUGCCUGGUUGGAGCUCCUGCAGAAGGAGCCAAACAUCGGGCGGCUGGGGAUACCCCACGGACCCUCCGGGGAGAAAGUGGCGGUGGUUGCCGUGGACGACUGCGACAUCUCCAUGGCGAUCCGCUUCGGGAAGCAGAUUGGGAACUACUCGUGUGCAGCCCAGGGAACACAGACAGGACAAAAGAAGUCUCUGGAUUUGACCGGGCCGCUGUUGCUCGGCGGCGUCCCCAACCUGCCCGAGGACUUCCCGGUGCGAAACCGAGACUUUGUGGGCUGCAUGAGGAACCUGAGCAUCGACAGCACGCCCAUCGACAUGGCUAGCUACAUCGCCGACAACGGCACCACAGCGGGGUGCCCUGCAAAGAGAAACUUCUGCACACCUAGUGUGUGUCAGAAUGGAGGGGUGUGCGUCAGCAAGUGGAACACGUACAGCUGCGACUGCCCCACUGGGUAUGGCGGCAAGAACUGCGAACAAGUGAUGCCGUCGCCUCAGUUCUUCGACGGCAAGGCGCUGGUGUCGUGGAGCGAGCCCGACGUCACCAUCGCGAUCCCCUGGUUCAUGGGCCUCAUGUUCCGCACGCGGCAACCGGCUGGAACUUUGAUGCAGGCCAAUGCCGCCCCCUCGUCCACCAUCAGCCUCAUGGUGAGUGAGCAACAGGUGCGAAUGGAGGUAUUGCUAAGUGACCAGUUGGUGGCGUCACUGAGCUUUCCGCAAGUUCGGGUCAACGACGGGGAGUGGCACCACCUGCUGGUAGAGCUGAGAAGCGAGAAAGACGGCAAGGGCAUCAAAUACGUGGCCGCCGUGUCCCUGGACCACGGCAUGUACAAGAGGUCAGUGGUGAUUGGCAACGACCUGCCCGGUUUGAAGCUCCAAACUCUUCAUGUCGGAGGUUUGCCUGGGGAAGGCAACCACGUCAGGAAAGGAUUUGUUGGCUGCAUACAGGGUGUUCGCAUGGGCGAGACGUCCACCGACGUGGCCAACGUGAUCAUGUCUCGUGGCCUGAAGGUCCGCGUGGAGGAGGGCUGCGACCUGGCCGAUCCGUGCGACGCCACCAUCUGCCCCGAGAACAGCCACUGCAGCGACGACUGGAGCGCACACACGUGCGUCUGCGACCCAGGCUAUUUCGGUAAAGAGUGCGUCGACGCCUGUCAGCUCAACCCGUGCGAGCAUGUUUCCACCUGUGCUCGCAAGCCCAGUUCCUCCCAUGGCUAUACUUGUGAGUGUGGUCACAACUACUACGGACAGUACUGCGAAAACAAGGUUGAGAAGCCAUGUGCUCGAGGUUGGUGGGGCAGUCCCAUGUGCGGACCCUGCCGGUGCGACACAAGCAAGGGUUUUCAUAACGACUGCAACAAGACGACGGGGGAGUGUCGCUGCAAGGAUAACCACUACCGCCCGGAAGGGGACGACACCUGCUUACCGUGUGACUGCUUCUCUGUCGGCUCCGAGUUUCGAACCUGUGACCCCGUCACCGGGCAGUGCCCCUGCAAGGGCGGCGUCAUCGGCCGCCAGUGCAACCGCUGUGACAACCCCUUCGCUGAAGUCACACCCAACGGAUGCGAAGUGGUGUACGAAGGCUGCCCCAAAGCCUUUGACGCCGGCAUUUGGUGGCCUAAGACCCAGUUCGGACGCCCGGCUGCCAUGAACUGUCCCAAAGGAUCUGUUGGUACUGCCAUUCGCCACUGUAGUGACGAUAAAGGCUGGUUGUCGCCCGAGCUUUUUAACUGCACCACCGCCUCCUUCGCUCAGCUCACGAAACUGGUGAUUACUUCCCAAAAUAACGAAGAGCUACGUCAAAACAGCUCCAGGAUGGACGGCGAGCACUCCAAGACCAUCGUCCGCUUGCUCCACGGCGCCACCAGCGACACCGGGAGCUACUACGGCAGCGACGUGAGGACGGCUGCCCAGCUGCUGAACCACGUGCUGCGUUACGAGAGCCGGCAGGUGGGAUUCGACCUCACUGCUACCAGGGACGCGGAAUUCAACGAGAAUUUGAUUCGAGCCGGAAGCGCCAUACUUGACCCGGACACUAAAGCACACUGGGAGCAAAUCCAGAAGACAGAGGGCGGCACUGCCCACCUGCUUCGGAAUUUUGAGGAUUAUGCAAACGCUCUUGCGCGAAACGUGAGGAAAACCUACCUGAAACCCUUCACCAUUGUUACAGACAACAUGAUAUUAUCCGUGGACUACCUGGAUGUGUCGGACCCCCGGAAAGCGACAUUUCCCCACUUCCAGGACAUCGAGAAGGAAUAUCCACAAGCGCUUGGGUCUUCGGUGCAUUUCCCUCACUUCAACCUGCUGGGUCAAUGGCACAAAGCGGAGCCCACUACAACGCCUGCGGCCCAGACCGACACCAUCCCGGUGGAGGGUCACACGGCGUCUGACAGGACCCGUCGCCAUCUUGAGCCACCUGUCCAUCUGCCGGUUGCCGUGGUGAUAGUGUACAAAUCACUGGGGAGGCUGCUCCCGGAAAGAUUUGACCCAGAUCGCAGAAGUCUGAGGGUCCCUAACCGUCCGGUGAUCAACACAGCAAUCCUGAGCGCCACGGUACACAGCGAGGGUCCCCCAAUUCCGUUGAUCCUGGACCCUCCCAUCACGCUGGAGUACUCGCUGCUGGAGACGGAGGAGAGGACCAAGCCCGUCUGCGUCUUCUGGAACCACUCCAUUGCGAUCGGUGGGACAGGUGGUUGGUCCUCCAAAGGCUGCGAGGUGCUUGAGAGGAACAACAGCCACAUUAGCUGUCAGUGUAAUCACAUGACCAGCUUCGCCGUACUCAUGGACAUGUCCAAGAGAGAGUACGGCGAUGUCCUCCCCUUGAAGAUCGUCACCUACGCCACAGUCUCCGUCUCCCUGUUCCUGCUCUUGCUCACCUUGAUCCUGCUGUGCCUGCUGCGCCGACUGCGCUCCAACCUGCAUGUCAUCCACAGGAACCUGGUGGCGGCGCUCUUCUUUUCCGAACUCGUCUUCCUGCUUGGCAUUAAUCAGACGGACAAUCCGUUCGUGUGUACGGUCAUAGCCAUCCUCCUGCACUACUUCUACAUGUGCACCUUCGCGUGGAUGUUCGUGGAGGGCCUGCACAUCUACCGCAUGCUGACCGAGCUGCGCAACAUCAACCACGGUCACAUGAGGUUCUACUACGCUAUGGGCUGGGGCAUCCCGGCUAUCAUCACUGGCUUGGCCGUCGGACUGGACCCUCAAGGUUACGGCAACCCCGAUUUCUGUUGGCUGUCCAUGCAUGACACGCUCAUUUGGAGCUUCGCGGGUCCCAUAUUUGUCGUUGUUUUGGUGAACAUAGUGAUCUUUAUCUUGGCUGCGAAGGCUUCCUGUGGUCGCAGGCAAAAGGCAGUUGAGAAGUCAGGCGCUAUCCCAGCACUUCGUAUGGCCUUCCUCCUGCUGCUGCUCAUCAGCGCCACCUGGCUGCUGGGCCUGAUGGCCGUCAACAGCGACGUGCUUACCUUCCACUACCUGUUCGCCGGCUUCAGCUGUCUGCAGGGCGUCUUCAUCUUCUUCUUCCACAUCGUCUUCAACAAAGACGUGAGGAAGCAUCUCAAGAGCGUCAUCAUGGGGAAGAAGAACCUCCCAGAGGAGACGGGCACCACGCGGACCUCUUUGCUCACACGCUCCCUCAACUGCAACAACACGGACGACGGCCACGUGUACCGCGCGGCUGUGGGCGAGUCCACCGUCUCGCUGGACAGCACGCUCAGGUCAGCAAAGAGCCGCAGCAGCUACCUGGCUUACGCAAUCAGGAGGGAGGAGUCAGGCCAGAAGCCCAGCGUCUCAUCAGGAACGGCCAAAGGACACACUGAUCUCGACGGGCCUCUCUUCCACAGAAGUGGCUCCAAGGCAGAUGACUCGGACUCGGACAGCGAGCUGUCGUUGGACGAGAACAGUUCCUCCUACGCCUCGUCUCACUCGUCGGACAGCGAAGACGACGACUUGGACGUCGAGCCGAAGUGGAACAAUGAGCGGCAGCUGGUUCAUAGCACGCCUAAAGGUAGAGUGGACUCGGUGUCCAAUCACGUAACGCCGUACUGGCCGACGGACGCCGCCACGGCCAGCGACAGCGAGGACCCCGGCGCUCCCGAGAGGCUGCGUGUGGAGACCAAAGUGAACGUGGAGCUGCACCCGGAGAGCAAGAUCAACCACAUCGCCGUCGGCGACGGGGAGGCGCCUCAGGACAGAGACAAGCAGGCGACCGGUCAGGCCAAGGAGGCGAUGACGCCCACCGGUCAGACCAACAGCAACCACCAGCCGGAACAGAGAAAAGGGAUCCUGAAGAACAAGAUAAGCUACCCGCCCCCUCUGACCGACAAGAACAUGAAGAACCGUCUCCGGGAGAAGCUGAGCGACUACAACUCCCCCACCAUCACCUCACCGCCGCCAAACUACAACAUGGCCACCUCCCCUUCCCCUGCGUCCGUCAACAUCAUGGCACCAUCAUCCCGCCGGCCCUCGUUGGCCUCCGACGACAGCGGUCGCCCCGGCAACAACGGCAACGGGUCCCUGGUGAAACCGCCUGUGGCGCCGCGGCCGCAGGUUGCCGUGUGCUCGUCGCCAGCAGGCGUCUACCGCGACACUAACGGUGGGAUAGCGAUGCACUUGAAGUCAGGGACGGUUAACGGCGGCAACAGCACAGACUCAGAUGGCAGUAACGAGACUUCGAUCUGACCUGUUAGGGACAUCCAGACCAGCCCGCCCUUGUGAGAGGAGGAGACCGGACCCUGGGAGACCCACGUCCAUCCGCCGUCAGUCUUCUCUUGGUCCCAUUUCUCCGGAGAUCAGUAUUACCCAGCAGAAGAAAAGAAGGAACGAUAAAGGGAACAAAAGGGAGGAGGAGGAUGGAACCUGAGUGCCAAAUGCAUAAAAGGAAAAAAGGGGAUGAAGACUGCCCCCUUUGAAUGUAUUGCAAAAUGUGACUGUUAGGAAACACGUUGGUACAUUUGUUGUAGGAUUUCAAGGACCAGAAGGCAGAAAACAAACUAAGUGCUCUUUUUGUUUUUCUUUUAAAACUCAAACCGAAGUGCUCCUUUUGUUUUUUUCUUUUGAACUCAAACAAAAGCUCUCGUAUUUGGAGAAUAUGGCUAGAUGGCGGUCGUGCGUCGAUAUAUUUUUGAGAGGCCUUGAACAAUCAGUUGAGGCCUUACAAACAUACGUUAAGUUGAGAGAGAGAGAGAAGAGAGAGAGCACUAAUGGAAGGAAGGAAAUGUGGAAGCACUAUAAACCCACUUCUCACACUUCUCGUGAAGAUCCUGGCCGUUUUUUUUCGUCUGAGUUCUCCAGUUCAAACACCUCAUCCGGAGUCCACAUCGCAGCUAAACCUUUAAGUUAUGUUUACCACUCACGAGGUGCCUUCGUCUUGUUCCCACCUGUGAUCUGGCUGUGUGAUCAAUAUUGCUAAUAUGUGGUUAUUUUUGUAAUGUUCGGACACUGGAAAAGUUUUGUAACAUAAUGUAUAUUUAUUUUUUAUGGUUCUAAGACACUGGAGUUCAAAGUAUGUCAAA